AUGACUACUCUUUUUCACGACAUGAUCCACAAGGAAAUCGAAGUUUAUGUGGAUGACGUCAUCAUCAAAUCAAAGAAGGGUUCAAAUCAUCUAAAUGAUCUACGGAAAUUCUUUGCCAGAUUACGCAGGUAUAAUUUGAAGUUGAAUCCUGCAAAGUGUGUCUUUGGGGUUCCUGCUGGAAAGGUUCUGGGUUUCAUUGUCAGCCGCCGGGGUAUAGAACUAGAUCCAUCAAAAAUCAAAGUCAUUCGUGAUCUACCUCCACCGAGGAGUAAUAAAGAGGUAAUGAGUUUCCUGGGACGACUAAACUACAUCAGUCGUUUCAUAGCCCAGUCUACUGUCAUUUGUGAGCCUAUCUUCAAGCUGUUGAAGAAGGAUGCCGCGGUGAAAUGGACAGACGAAUGUCAACAAGCAUUUGACAAAAUCAAAGAAAACUUGUCCAAUCCUUCUGUGUUGGUUCCACCGGAAUCUGGAAGACUAUUGUUAUUAUACAUAUCGGUGUUGGAUAAUGCUUUCAGCUGCAUUUUGGGGCAACAUGAUGAGACUGGAAAGAAGGAGCAGGCAAUAUAUUACAUAAGCAAGAAGUUUACAUCAUAUGAGGCUCAAUAUUCUUUAUUGGAGCGUACUUGUUGUGCUUUAACUUGGGUCUCCCAGAAGCUGCGACACUACCUCUCCUCGUACACUACUUACUUGAUCUCAAGGAUGGAUCCUCUAAAGUAUAUCUUUCAAAAGCCCAUGCCUACAGGCAGUAAAGGCAAUGCAUUAGCAGAUCAUAUGGCAGAGAACCCUGUAGAUGAUGAUUAUAGACCGUUGAAGACUUACUUCCCAGACGAAGAAGUAGCUUUCGUAGGGGAAGACAUUUCUGAAGAAUAUGAAGGUUGGAGGAUGUUCUUUGAUGGAGCCAAGAAUUUGAGCGGAUUCGGCAUAAGAGCAGUUUUGAUCUCACCAACUGGGCAACAUUAUCCGAUAUCAGCCAAACUCAGGGCUCCGACGCGCUAUCGACUUGGAUGUCUAGGAAAUGCUGAUAAUAGGAGAUUCAGACCUAUUGAUUCAUCAGCUACAUACUAUUUUCAUGUUGAGGAAGAGCCUGAUGGAAAGCCUUGGUAUGAUGACAUUCGAAGAUAUCUGAAGAGCGGUGAGUAUACAGAGGAUGCAACAAGUGUACAAAAGCGUACAAUUCGGAGGUUAGCGAAUCAAUUCUUUCUAAGUGGAGAAACCCUUUAUAGGAGGACUCCUGAUUUGGGGUUGUUAAGGUGCGUCGAAGCUGGAGAAGCCAACAGGUUGAUUGAAGAGAUACAUGCAGGAACAUGUGGUCCUCACACGAACGAUUUUACCUUGGCGAAGAAGAUCUUGAGAUCGGGAUAUUUCUGGCUAACUAUGGAGACAGACUCUUGGGUCAUGGACGUCAUUGGUCCAAUCGAGCCAGCGGCAACCAAUGGACAUAGAUUCAUUCUGGUUGCAAUCGACUACUUCACCAAAUGGGUCGAAGCCACCUCUCACAAAUCAGUGACAAAGAAGGUUGUGGAUGAUUUUGUCAAAAAUAAUAUUAUCUGUAGAUUCGGGAUUCCUGAGUCAAUCAUCACUGAUAAUGGAACCAACCUAAAUAGUGAUCUAAUGAAAUCAUUGUCUGAGAAGUUCAAGAUCAAUCACCGAAAUUCUACAAAAUAA